UACCAUCAAUUCCUGAGAGAGAUACAUAUCUUGAUACCGAUGAGCUUUCUGAUAAUGAUGAUAAUUACGAUGAAUAUAAUCCUGAAUCCCCUAUUUCUUCCCCAAAUAAUGAUCGUCCCCCUUCACCACCACCAUCUCCUAAAAAAAAUGGUUAUGAUUUGAAUAGAGAAAUUUCAACAUCACCUAAAAAAAAUGGUUAUGAUUUGAAUAGAGAAAUUUCAACAUCACCUAAUAAUAACUCUGAAAAACCAUUACCUCAAUUUGAUGAUCAAUCUCAACAAAAGCGAAAGAAUUAUUUUAAUCUUGGUAAAACUCUCACAUCUCGCUUUAAAUUCAAAAAGCCUAAUGCAAAGGAUAAUCAAGAUCGUUCUGUAUCUGAUCCUAUCACUAUAAAUGAAAAGUCUCAAUCAUUACUUAGUUCACUUCCUACUUUAGCACCUUCUUCUCCAAUUUCUCAUCAAAUUCCUGCCGAAUAUUUUCCUGAUAAUUUUGAUAAAGAUGAGGAAACAAAGUCUGUUGAACAGAUUACUACUCAUGAAUUAACGAUAGACGAUCUUUAUCAUUUUGUUCUCAAUAUACGAAAAGGUUUUCAAUCGCAAUUCGAUGAAAUGAAUUCACAAAUUAAAGAGUUAAAAAAUGAGAUCAGAAGAUUAAAAGGUGAGGAGUCUGAAGACGAAGCUCCAAACGAGGAUGUUAAAGAAGAUUCAGUGACUAAUAAUGCAACAAAUGUUCGAACAGUUACCAGACAAAUGGAAAGAUAUGGUGGUGCUGGAAGAUGGUUUCAUAACGAUAAUAUGUAA